UGAAUAUAUUUUCUUGUGAAUGUGUUCUGGUAAUUCAUAGUUAUUUUUAUUUUAAUAGCAAAAUAGUAUUUAGACAAAUAUGAACACAUUAGCAUAAAUUGCUAUCAGUGUUAUACAUUAUGCCCGGAUCCACAGAAAAUGAGGAGAUCGAAAAUCCGAAAGAAAACCAGGAAGAAGUAACAGUAGAGCCUCCUACUCCAAAACCUAGAGUUCGAACAAAAAAACCUGUAGAUCUCCCAGUUGUUGAAAGAAGAAACUGGCUCAUUCAUCAACAUUUCAUCAGACAAGAGUUUCACACUGCAAAGGACUUGAUACUACAGCAGUUGGCAGAAACUGGUGGAGAAUGUGAAUACGCUCUAUAUGUUCAAGGAAUGAUAGCUAGAACUGAAGGCAGAAUUGCAGAAUCAACAGAACUUCUACAAGCUUGUGCUAAAAUCAACCCAAAAAGUUCUGAAAUUUUGAAACAAGUUGCAAAGAAUUUGUUUCUCACAGGGAAGUACAAGAAUGCUAUAGAAUGUUACAAACAAGCAGCAGUUUUAUCAUGCAACGAUGACUGGGAAAUAUCUCAACAACUAGGAGAUUGUUUUCUACAUUUGAAACAAUAUGAUAUGGCAGAGGAUGCAUUCAAUGAAGCUCUUAAACAAAGUAAACAUGACAUUACAUAUUCAACGUUAGCCCGUCUUUACUUGGAAACAAGUAGAAUGGAUAAAGCAGUAGAAGUUUUGAAGAAAGGUAUUGAAUUUUCUCCAGAAAACUUAGAUCUUCUUACUACUCUUGGUCUGUUAUAUUUAAGGAUGCAAGACUUCCACCGAGCUUUUGAAUUACUUGGUCAGGCAAUGACAUUUGACCCUGAGAAUUAUAAGGCAAUAUUAGCAGCAGGUUCUCUUAUGCAAGUACAUGGUGAUUUUGAUGUAGCUCUGACUAAAUAUAGAGUUGCUGCUCAAAAAGCUCCUGAAAGUGCAGCACUGUGGAAUAACAUCGCAAUGUGCUUUUACGGAAAAAAGAAAUAUGUUGCCGCUAUCAGUUGUUUAAAGCGAGCAACAUACCUAGCACCGUUCGAUUGGAGAAUUUUAUAUAAUUUGAGUCUUCUUCAUGCAACGAUGCAGCAAUAUGCAAGUGCGUUUCAGUUUGCGAGCACUGCACUAAGAUUGAAGCCGAAAAAUGCUGAUAUUUACAUGUUGAUUGCAGUUUCAUUGAAUCACCUUGGUCAAACUGAGAGUGCAAGAAAAUCAUACCAGGAAGCUCUUCAAUUAAAACCUGAUGAUGUUUACAUAACUAUCAAUUAUAUCAUGUUUCUUCAACAAACGAAAGAUUCGAAACAAGCUCAGAAAUUACUCGGAAAACUUGAAAAAGUUAUGAAAGAUUCUUCCGAUCCUAAUUUAGACAAAGAGCUUAUUGACACAGCUAAGAAACUAGGUGUGGCCAUCAAUGUUGGGGAAAAAUUCGUGAAAAAUCCUCCAGAUGAGAAACCGAAGUCAUCUUCAAAAGAACGAAAAAAGAAAAGUUCAAAACAUUCCAUUGAAACUUCACCUUCAUCAAGUGUAUCAAGUCCAGGACCAAGUGAGAUAUCACCAUCUUCUCCUCUCACUCCAAGCUUAUUGAGUCCUGCUCUCUCAUCACCAAGUUCUCCGAUGUCUCCUGGUGGUAAUCUUCCUCCGCUCAAAUCAAAGCAGCCGUUGCCAAGUCUCGGAAUGCGAGCUUCAAAAUUGGAUGCACUGUUGCCGGAAGUUCCUACCCAUUCCCCAGAAAAAGUACCCCCUGCAUCGAAGAAAUCUUCCAAAGCAUUAUCCUAGCUUUGUAUAUGACAAAUGAAGAUAAAGUGUACUAUCAAAUGUAAUUUCUGACACUUUCAACACGUUAGAUAAACUUAAUCACUUACACAUUUUGUUAUCUUUGGCGUUACGCAAAACUUAAAUGGUAUUAUAUGAUUGACUGGAUUAACCUGACAGGCGUUUGAGACCAGUCCUACUUAAACUUUCCAAACUUCUUUUGAUAUUGAAGGACUUAUUUUUCUCCAUAAUUUGUAUUUGUUUACCUGGUGUUUCGUAAAUGUGGUGCUAUGUGCAAAUAGAUAUAUUUUUAUGAUA